CAACAUAGGAACUUACCGCAAAACUCCCCGGAUGAGUGAAUGCUGAAGGCCUGACCAAUCGCGUUGCUCGUGUGCUAAUGUGGCUAAAGCUAGCGGUCUGAGCUAACUGCUUUUCUGUGCAGCCGUCGAGCCAACGUUCGGCGACUAAAAUGUUUGGGUCCUCGAGAUCCGGAGGGGCGAGAGGAGGGCAGGACCACUUCAACUGGGAUGACGUGAAAGUCGACAAACACAGAGAAAAUUAUCUCGGGAACUCCUUGAUGGCCCCAGUAGGACGAUGGCAAAAAGGCAAAGAUCUUACGUGGUAUGCAAAAGACAAAACGGGCAGAGCAGCUUUGUCCAAAGAAGAUGAACUUGCUGCCGUCAAGGCAGCAGAGCAUGAGGCACUAAUGGCUGCCUUAGGGCACAAGAAUAUAAAGCGACAACCAACUGGCUUGACCAAAGAGGACCUUGUAGAAGUUUGCAGGAGGGAAGAGGCUGAUGGUGAAGAGAGAAACGUGGACCGUGUCUCAGGCUUGGGAAGCUCCAGCGUAGGGUCACGAAAAAUGGUGCUGUCCCAAAAAGAAAAGGAGGCUGCAAAAAUGGGCUUACCAGUUUUUACACACCACAAGACUGAAGGUCGUCCAGAAACCUCAGCGACAAGGGCAACUGAGCAUGUAGAAAAACAAGAACUGGAACAACGGACUGAGAGCAAAAAGAAAAAGAAAGAAAAGAAGAGUAAAAAGGAGAAAAAGAAGAAGGAAAAAAAGAGGAAAAGACAAAGAAGAGACUCGUCGUCCUCGGAGUCAGACGACAACAGAAAGAGACCCAGAAAGGACCACCAUCAUCAUAAUCCAUCAUACCGUAGUCAGAGCGGAGCCAGACCCCAUGACAGCCAUUCAAGGGGGGCAAAGGCCGAGCGGGAGAGCUCCCACCCCCAUCAUCGAGAGCAGCGCCACGACACAGACUCCUCUGACGGGGGGUCUCCUGUCCCCCGUAACCCUGCCAGCCACAAGAAGGCCCCUGCUGGUGCCACACAAAGCCACAGGCGGCGCCAUGACACAGACUCGGACGACUAAUGUCCUGCCCACCCCACACACACACACACACACACACACACACACACACACACACACACACACACACACAGCCGCCAAUUGAAAGACGCAUAAUUUGGGCAGAGCGCUCUGCAGCAGCUUGACCGGCCCCAAAGACCUCAUUCACCCCAGAUAGCCAAACGGACUGCGGAUGGAAAAUACUCCGUAACAGACUUGGGAUUAUGUUUUACCUCCUCCACUCAAUAUGGAACAGUGAAAAUUUUUUUUUUUUGUCUGUGUUGUUUGGAUUGUGUUGACAAGCUUUUCUAAACACAUUUUCUGUGAUUAAAUCAUCACAUAGUCUGUACUGUCAUAACUUGCUGGUUUUUAAAAUGUCACCUUAGUUUUUAAAAUCCAACGCAACAUAAAAUAUUUUGCAAGGAAAA